AAUUCAUAUUAUUGAAGAAUUUUCACCAGACAUACAUAUAGUAUAUAUAUAUUUUUUUUAUAGUAUUAGAUUUAGUCACAGAGAUAUGGAGGGAGCUGAUAGCGUAAGGGGUAUUUUGAAGGGCGCCACCACCAUGACCAACAGUGCCAUGCUGAAGACAGCCAAGUUCGAUGAGAUGAAUGUGCUGGAGACCUUUCAUCCGGCGAACAAGGACUAUGGCCACAUGAUAAUCGACGAGCCGAAGACGCCGUUCGUCUUCGAAGAUGACCUGCCGCAUGAUCUGGACACGACGACGCUGAUGCGUAAGCUGCGCCUGGCCUCACAGAGUGAGACGCCGGCAUUUGGCAUCGAGGCCGAUUCGGAUGAUUCGUCCGUCGACGAGGACUAUCCCGAGUCUGUGGACGAGAAGGUGCGUCGCCUGGAGUUCGAGCGUCGCCGCAAACUCCAUUACAAGGAGUUUCUCUCGGUGCCGCUGGCGCGACGCCUCAUCGCCCAAGAAUUCGGUGACAUGAGCAGCUCGGAGAUCAGCAUAAAGUCGGAGACAGUGCGCACCCUCGACAGCUGCUUUGAGGAGGUGUGCGGCGAUCAUGGCGAAAUGGAGGUCAGCGGAGAUAUGGCAGGCGAAAGCGAUAUCUCCGUGGGCUCGACCAAGCCGAGCACUAUGGACGAUGAUACCGAUGUGCCGCCCGAACCGGAACCGGGCUUCGACAAAAACCAUCCGUGCUACCAAAAGCUGACGGCCGAGAAUAACGAAGGCAGUCGACUCAAUUCGGAGGUCCAAGCAAAUCCAUCGUCCCCAUUUGCAGGAGUCCACCAUCCCACGGCAGAGUAGUCAAAGCAAUGGCCUAAACCAUAUACCUAAAUGGGAUAUGUAUGUAUAUGUGUAUGCAUUUAUGUGUAUAUGUAUAUAUAUAUAUAUGUCUAGCUGCACAUCACAUUUGGCUCAUGAAUCGAAUUUUACUGUUAAAUGCAUUUUGAUGUUCUACUUGUUCAAAUUAAGAUUGUCUGCUAGCGAUGUCUAUUAAAAUUGUUACGUUCAAGACCGGAACUGAGCUU